AGAAGACGAAGAACACAGCUACAUUUAGCCUAAAACAAAUCAUAUACCCAAGAAAAGGCCCGCUGAAGUAGAGACCCUUUUGCUGUUUCUUGAUUUAUAUUUCAAGAUUAUCUCUGUUCCAUCUAGCUUGGCAUUGAUUCAGGUGAAAUAGAACAUUUCCAUUACUCCAAAAUUGCAUGGGGGUAUCCUGUUCAUGUCCACUUAGUUUCUUUUUUGAUUUGGAGAAUGGAUUUGAAUCAAUGGUUGCAAAUUCAUUCAAACUAGAGAGUGAUGAGAGGAACACACCGGUUCGAUCUUCGAGCUUCAGGGGCAGCAAGGUUACCGAGCCUGUAAGAUUGCAGUCAUUUGGCUCGGGGAAGCUGUCGAGGGAAGGAUCUCUUAGGUUCAGAGCCAAGAAAACUCAAACCAUGAGAUUCAUCGAGGCUCAAGCCGAUGAUGGUGCCACGGGCCAAGAAUCGGUUGGUUUGUUGUCUAGAUCGGGUAGCUUGAUGGGGAACACGCCACAUUCCCCGGUCUUGGAUCCGAGCAGCCCCAAACACGAGGCUGCUAUAAAGUUGCAGAAGGUUUACAAGAGCUUCCGCACCAGGCGAAAGCUUGCAGAUUGUGCUGUCCUGAUUGAGCAGAGCUGGUGGAAGGUUUUGGAUUUUGCAGAGCUCAAGCGUAGCUCCAUUUCCUUCUUUGAUAUUGAGAAGCACGAGACAGCAAUGUCUCGUUGGUCGAGAGCAAGAACAAGGGCUGCCAAGGUAGGAAAAGGCUUAUCUCAGAACAGCAAAGCUCAGAAACUCGCGUUGCAACACUGGCUCGAAGCUAUUGAUCCACGACACCGUUAUGGCCACAAUCUGCAUUUCUAUUACAUGAAGUGGUUGAAUUCUCAAAGCAAAGAGCCCUUCUUCUACUGGCUAGAUAUAGGAGAAGGGAAGGAAGUUAAUCUCACGGAGAAGUGCCCUCGUUCUAAGCUUCAACAGCAGUGUAUUAAGUACCUUGGACCGAGGGAGAGAGAGGCAUAUGAAGUCGCGGUGGAGGAUGGAAAGCUCCUCUACAAGAAAUCUGGGGAGCUUCUCGACACCAUAGACGAACCAAAGGGUUGCAAGUGGAUCUUUGUCCUUAGCACGUCCAGGACCUUAUACGUCGGGAAGAAAAGGAAAGGGUCGUUCCAGCACUCCAGCUUCUUGGCCGGAGGAGCCACGCUGGCUGCUGGGAGGAUCGUAGCUGAUAAGGGCGUCUUAAAGGCAGUGUGGCCUCACAGUGGGCACUACCGGCCUACAGCCGAGAAUUUUGAAGAUUUCGUGUCGUUUCUCAAGGAUAACAAUGUGGAUCUCGAUAGAGUUGAGCUUGAUUCUGUCGACGAUGAAGACAAAGAAUCGGUCCGGAAGCAUAUGAGAAACAUCUCCUCCGGAGACGACUUGACUGAGAGAGAUCAACUGGAGAUGGAAGAAAGUGUUGUGGAAAACUCCACUUCCAUGAAGGUCAAAUCCGGAGAAGAAGAAGAAGAAGAAGAAGAAGAAAAAGAAGAAGAGGAAGAAGUAGCCGUUGCUGCAAUUGCCUCGACACGACAUAGCUCUAGCAACCUCACUCUCCAGAUACCGAGUAGGGAUCAAUUAUUAGACCGGUUGAAGAUUGCAGCCGAAACAGGCGAAUCCCCCACCAGAAGCUUCAUCCUAGCUUCACCUUUGGAUGAGCUUCUGACAGCAGAAGAGCCACUCGCUCCAAAAUCUGGCAACGGUGUCAACAUCUCCGAGGAGGGAGACGACACGAAGGAGGAGACCAUCCCGGAGGAAUCCAUUCUCCAACGGAUCAACUCGCACAAGGGAAUGAAGUCGUACCAAUUGGGAAAGCAACUGUCUUGCACGUGGAGCACGGGAGCUGGACCUCGGAUUGGAUGCUUGAGAGACUAUCCAUCGGGCCUCCAGACUCACGCGUUGGAGCAAGUGAACCUGUCUCCGAGAAGCAGGCGCCGCCUGAGGUUUAACUUCCCGUCUCUCGCAUCAACACCAAAUGGCAGCAACCUUUCUCGCGCGAGCAGCUGCAGCCUUGGAUGCAGUUCUAGCCUCUAGAGGCACUCACUAGUGAAGCAGGUUCGAUUCUUUUAAUUAAUUCAUUCUUUUAAUGUGAAUAGGAAGAAUGAUACUAUCGUUCAUUCAUAAUUAUUCAAACAGGAACACUAUUUUUUUUGUUCUUUUCCAUCCCAAGAAAUGGGGUGGACACUGUAAAAUUUUGUGGGGUUGUCAUAAGUCAUAAUUCCCUUGAAAUUCAAUAUGAAAAGAUCCAAUUUUUUUUUU